AUGGCGUAUGGGCGUAACGCCAUCACCGCCCUGAAGGACCGCAGCGGCUCUUCCCGCCAGGCCAUCCUCAAGUACAUCCAGGCCAACUACCCGGUCAGUGACCAGGCCAGCCUCCAGGUUCGCCAGGCUCUCCGUCGUGGCCUGACCAAGGGUGUCUUCGAGUUCCCCAAGGGCCCCUCCGGUGCGGUGAAGCUUUCUGCCAGCGUCCGCGAGAAGCAGCGCGCCGACACUCGCAAGGAGGCCCAGAAGGCCAAGCAGGCCGAGAAGCCCGCCAAGGCCGAGAAGAAGACCACCAAGGCCGCCGGUGAGAAGGCCGCCCCCGCUACUCCGACCAAGAAGAAGACCACCAAGGCCACCACCCCCAGCAAGAAGACCGACUCCCCGGCUACCCCGAGCAAGAAGACCACCGGCACCGUGGCCAAGAAGGCCGCCGCCGGCAAGGCCACCAAGAAGGCCACCACCGCCGCCGGCAAGAAGAAGGUCGCGGCCGCCGGUGUUAAGGCUGCCGCCUCGGCCGCCAAGAAGGCCGACGCCAAGAAGACCACCACCAAGAAGGCUGACACCAAGAAGACCACCGGCAAGAAGACCGACGCCAAGAAGCCUGCCACCAAGAAGGCCGGCAAGGCCUAAAUGGCCUGCAUCCACCACGUCUGCCAUCCUUCCACCUCCUUUCGACUGUCGUCCUUUCUCUUUCUUCCCCUUGAUUGGUGUGCAGCCCGAAGGAGAGGGGGAAGGAUGCGCAUGUGCGUGUGCGCGUGUCUGUGAGUUCACAUGUGCCCCAUUUCGUCUGGCGGCGCGGCCUCUUCCCCCUCCCCCUCCUCCUCCUCCUCCCGGCCUCCGUGUGUGUCUGUGUGAUUGCUUCGCGCGUGUGCACACAAGAGAGAAGGGCAGCCGCUGUGCUCUCCCCCUGUCGCCUCCUCACUGUGUGUGUGUGUAUGUAUGUGGACAUGCGUAUAUCUUUCGCGCGUGUCCGUGUAUUCGUGUGUCAAGCCCUGGCGGUGGCUGCUCGUCUCUCCGUCCUCCUCACUCUCGGAGCGACACAGGCCGCAUGCCUCCUUCGCACGCAUGUCACAUCUGUACAGGCGCACAUCCUCCCCUCUCUCCUGUCUGCCUGCAUUGUUUGCGCUUCCCCCACCCCUUCUCCCCUUUCCUCGGACCCCUUCGGUGUCGCUUGCCCCCUUUCCUUCCUUCUUCACAGCAGGACGCUCGCAAUGUGCUUUCCCGUCAUUCCGUGGCCGAUGAAGGGUCUUCGCGUGGAUGUCGUGUCUCCUUCCUCCUUGCUCCUGUGUCUUCCUCCUUCGUCUCUCUUCCUCUUCAGGCAGCAGAGAUGGUCGAGAGAGAGGUGCACAGGCCCAAAGGAGCAAUGAUGUGCAUGUCUAGCUUUGUGGCCGCCCAGUCGCACGCACUCCUUCCCGUCUUCCUCUUCACUCCUCCCUCCUCUCAUGGCACGCCGGUCGAGGCCCCGUCCUCUGCCCCCCCUCUCCUCCCCCGGAAAUGGCAAGGGACGGGGGGAUAGAGGCCGCAAUGUUGUGUUGUGGAGCCCUGGUGGCUGCCCUUCCUUCGCUCCUCUUUCCCCCCAUUCCCCUUCUCUUCCUUCCCGGUCCUGCCAAGAGGGGAUUGCUCUUCCUCCCCCCCCCUCUCUCUCUCUCU